AUGGGGAGGGACGCUGCUGGAGUUCACUGCGUCCUUCUUGCUCUGACGGUAGUGCUGCUGCUCGCUGCCGUGAGCGAUGGCAUCAGACUGGUUCCUGCUGCUGGGGCGAACGAGCUGGCGCAUGGAUCAACGGCGAUGGUGGUAGCUGUGCCGUCAGCUGCACAGGUGCAGGGGAGGAGGAGCAGGGGCGGCAAGGACGACCUGGUGCUGCGGGAGGAGGUGGUGCGCGCCACGGGGUCGAGCCUCCCGGACUGCUCGCACGCGUGCGGGGCGUGCUCGCCGUGCAGCCGCGUCAUGGUCAGCUUCAAGUGCUCCGCGUCGGAGCCGCUGCCGUGCCCCAUGGUGUACCGCUGCAUGUGCAGGGGCAAGUUCUACCCGGUGCCAUCCAGCUGA